AUGUCGUUAAAGGCGUAUGAAGAUGCGUGUACCAGGGCUGAGUUAUUUGGCCAGCCUGUGCCUGAUCGUGAAGAGUUUUUGUCAAAACAUAAACAUUUAGAUGUUGUAGAAUUCGAAGAAGUGGAAAUUCGAACGGCAGAGAAUACUGCCAUGCUAGAUGACCAAUUAAAGGAAGGUACGGGUGGCCUAGCUGAACUGAACACAAUACUUGACUCUACCCAAACUAAAAUCAAUAAAUUAAAGGGAGUCUGCGGUACGAUCACCAAUUUUUUUCGCGUUAAGAUGUCUGCGAAGGACAACCUAUCCUAUUCCAGUGAACCAAGCUACGUAGGGCAGACGAAUUAUGAUAAAGAUUAUAUCCCACCUACUUCAGAAAAUGGCUCCAUAAACCAGGGCCUUGGUCCCGAAGACAACGAAAUGACACCGCGCGCGGGAAAAUCAAAACAAAAUGGCGGCGACAUUAACACCGCUUUAGACGAUUUAAAAAAGAUGGAGGAAAAUUCGUCGUUAUUGGGUAAGGCAGCUGCUAAAGAUAUUGGAAAACAAGUAAAUACACAGAUUAGUAAACUGGAUCAGUUAAUUAAUCAAGCUGAUAGAGCUCAGACGUCUUUGAACCAUCAGAACAAGCAAAUGCGAACAUUUUUGCGAUAAUUUUAUCUGAAUGUUAAUUUUUACUUGUGUCUCAUGUCGCUGCAUCUUACAAUUAGUUUUCCUGUUAGUAGAUCUUUUUGAUAUCGGCUUUGAACUGCUUUGUGUAUCAAAGCUUAAAGUGCCAUUUAAUUCGUAAUAUUAAGAUGAAUGACAUAAAUAGAUUUCAAAUGAAAGAUUGAGAAGGAAGUCGUAUAAAUUUGCAACAGCAUGAGAUGCGGUAAAUGUAUUAAUUAGUGAGAAAUUGUGUGAAGAUGCUUAGCCACAAAUGUCAGUAAUUGCAGAAGGUAUCAAAUAUUCGUAAAUGCUUAGCGUAUAAUGGUUAUAUUGUUAUUGGAUAUAGGUAAUACGGUAGUUCACAAGUAGUCAAAUUCAAUAGCUGGUACUUUUAUUGAAAUGUCAAAAACGAUACUUUUCUAUAUUUCUACAUCAAAUAUCAUACUUAUUUCCCGAAACUAGCCAAUUUUUGAGUUGGCCAUACUUGGAACGAAUGGGCGCUCGGCUUGACCGGAGUGGUACCACAUCCUUAUAUAGAGGUAGAAAACCAGCGUGGAACAUUGUCGAUAAGUGCAUCGACGUCAUAGGGUAAGACGUCGACGGAGUCGCGGAAGACUUAACGGGUUGCCGGGGCUCCGGCUGGAAG